UACGCGCUUGGUUUAAACGUCGCGGAAUUCUGCCACGAGCUCUGUGACUUCACUCCUCAUAUCCUGAAGUGGAUCGCCGACCAUCCCAAACGACUCGGUGUGAAGGGCAAGAUCGAUAUGACCGUAAGUUGCAGUCCUGUGGGCCUUACUUCGUCAAAAGAUUCUACGGAUCGACCUUUGAUGAUUCCUUUCGAAUUGAAAACUGGACGCGCCUCAUACUCCUUCGAGCAUAUUGGACAGGUCGGUCGUCCUUUGUAA